UCUGCUAAAAUGGCGGAUCCUACAUCCCAAUCCCAAGGCCUCUAGGAAACACCGUCUAACCCUUAACAACAGACAGGAGGCGCCACAGCCUGAGAAUAUCUCUAUCUUUGCUCGCCGAAGAAGAAUAAGACUUCAGUUUUGUUUACGUUGGUUGUCUAACAAAUUUUCUAAACGGCAAAAUGGCUUUAAGGCCUUGUUUUAAUGCCCUGUUUUCUAAUACUCGUUUGUUUUUGUAACACUCGCCCUUCACCUGGCUAUGUGAACUAGCGAACAGGGUUUAGUUAACUAGCAUUAGCUCUCCGGACUAACAUGGAGGAACCGUGGGAUUUCGAGUUCCUUUCUCGCAUCGUUGACAGCUUAGUGUCUUUUCUGGCUGAAUUUGUGGACGACUGGCUGGCCAACGACAUGAGAGUCGCCGUGUUCAAAAUACUUUUCAGCUGGCUUGUCCUCAGUUUAAUCGCCAUACAUUUCGCUUGGAAAGUUUAUGGUAACACGGUGAACGACAUGUACUACAGGCAAGGAACUGGGGGACAGAAUGGUGGCACACCAGAUACAGCACCUCACCUGAGUGGAUGGGAGAAUGCUGCCAGAGAAAUCCUAAAGUCACACCAUGAGUGAUCAGACACCAGCCUGGUUCAUAUUUUGGCUUGAGAUGGGACCACGGUGACUAAUAAGACCUAAGACGUCUCGUAACCACAUUGUUGAAGAAAAAAACAUUCCGGAGAUGCUCAUAUGAAGGUCUUGAGAGGUCAUUGUAAUAUCUGACACAAGAUUAUCCAAAAAAACAAACAAACAAGGAACUGGUACUGUGGUUUGGUGAUCGAAGAACCGUGACUGGCUUUUGAGACAGCUAGCAGCUCUUUGUUGGAAAGACUCGUUGUAAUAAUUAAUUUAUAUGAAUCUUGAUGUGGAUUGAGCUUCACGUCCAUCCUUUCAGUUGCAAGCUUGUACACAUAGCACAUGCUCUCCUAGUCUCAGACUGCUCAGCUUCUGAGCAGCCACUAUUACAUUACCAUUUUAUUUAUAUCAAAAUAUUUAGCAUUACUUAACCUACCAACUGAACCUGAACUGUAUAUCACAAGAGAGAUAAAGUUGGCUACAAUUACAACAAUAUACAUAAUUCUAAUAAUAAAACGAAUAAAAUAAAGUGAACUUGUUAGCUACUUUGCAUUCAACAGAUGACCCAGAAAAACAUAACAAUGCAGUGUUGUCUUGUAAGUCUUACAGAAAAUACUGGGACUUCACCCUAAUUUCACCAGCAGCUCUUAUUCCAUAGUUGACUGAAUAAAAAUAACAGCAAGUUCACAGGUGUAAGCAAAUAACUAAUGUAUUUGUCUGCACACUAACCAGGCAGUUGUUUUUGUAGAAGAGCAGACUGUCUACCACAUUAUACAUAUGCCACUGCACUCUGAGUGAAAGCCAUUGACACUCUGCUGUGGAAAAACAAUAAAAGGUCAUUCUUA